CGGAAUCCUCUAUCUACAGCCUGAGGGCAAUAUCGAACAUCAUGUCGCCCAGAACCCGGCGAUCGGGUCGCGAACGUAAAGUGAAUCCAAAAUACGCCAAUGACGGAUGGGACAAGGACACUCUUCGGAUUCUACGAGCCUCUUCAGAGUCGUCAGGAUCAAGUCCAGACGAAGAGCAAAGGAUCGAGAAACCGGAAAACGUCACGCAGGAUGCUGAAGGCUCAUUCGAUGAGGAUGACGACGCUUCCGAUGCUUCUGACAUUCAGUCCCAAGCGUCAGAUGUUCAAACACCAAAUGAAGAUGAAGAUAACAUGAGCGUGGUGUCCGAUGGCCAUACACUGGGAAACGUGCCAUUUCGAACGAAUCGUCGCCGAUCUGCUACUGGGACAGGGGCAGGGGUAGGCAACUCAACUACUACAACAACGACAUCAACAAUCCAUUCUCGGGGCCUUGCACCUCUCAACGCCAAAGGUGCAAAGAGCCUAGUGUAUCAUCAUAUGUUUGGACCCGAUGUAGAGGACUUGGAAGAUACCCUCGACGCUCGGGAUACCUGGUUGCUGGGACGCGACGUGACGCUCCCAAGUCGUAAGACCCUAUCUAUCGCACUCCAGCGAGCCGAACAAAGAAGACGAGAUAAAGGGUCAGAUUCUUCCACGAACCCAAACUUCCACAUCCUUCCACCAAGACUACCUGAAUCCAUCGUCGACCUGAUACUCAAUCGUCAGAUCCUGAAGCCACUCGAACACCAAGAACUUUAUGAGCGUUAUCUUCACCGUCAUAGACCUUCUCAUUCUGUCGUCCUUGGACCGUUUGGUCGCCAACAGCAGUAUCCAUUGGAUUACAAUUUCCCGAUGGAUUUCGGUUGGGCAUGGCCGAAGUUUCGCGAUGCUGAAGUGGACCAGGCGUCCCAGACGGGUCAACGUUAUCAUGAAGGCUGGCUUAUCAAUGCUGGCGAAAAGAUCAACUGUCUGGCGUGGGCUCCUCAACAGCAGGACGCUCAAUACUUGGCCAUGGCCACCAGAUGCACAUCUCACCAGAGACGACAACACGAAAAGGAGGAGAACUUGCGAGCAGCAUUCCAUCCGUCACCACCGUACCCCUCGGCGAUUCAGAUCUGGGCAUUCCCUACCAAACCCACUCCGACUCCAGGGAUACGGACCAUUGCAAUGAAUCUCAAGCCAAAACUCUGUACCGUCAUGGGCACAGAGUGCGGCAACAUUCGCGCCAUGAGAUGGUGUCCAUCAACCCAGAUGACUCCGUCAACGACAACAGCAACCUCCACGGCGACAGCAUCCACCAUAGGUAUCCUGGCCAUUCUUUCCACCGACGGCAAGGUACACGUUUUCGCCAUCCCAGCACAAUUGACCAGUCCCGUCGUCGUCGCCCUGAAAGCCGAACGCGCCGGACUCACCUUGUCCCCACCUGGAGACACGGUCUUCACCACGCUCACUUUCGCCACGCCGACGGACCUCAUCCUAGGCGCGGCAGACGGCACCGUCCACCUCUUCGACCUCUCGGACCCGGACCAUGUCGACCCGCCACGAAGCUACGCGACACACCGGAUCCACAACACGUACAUCACGUCCCUGAGCGCCGCCUCCCCGGUCCACCUCGCCCCCUUCGUCGCCACGGCCUCGUCGGCCGGCGACAUCGCCCUCACGGACCUCCGCGCGCCGGCGCAGGACAAGGUCACCGUCACGCGGGCCUGCUUCCCGGCCCGGGACAUCCACUUCGCCCCCUUCACGCGGAGCUUCAUCACGGGCCUCGACCGCGUCGGCAGCACGCGCAUGGACACGCAGUCGGCCACGUUCCUGUCCUGCCACCACGUCCGCCAGUUCCACGUGAGCCUGCGCAUCGCCAAGCUGCCCGACCAGGCCGGCACCGCCACCGCCCUGUCCGGCUCGCCUCACCACCCUUGCGUCCUGGUCGGCAACGCCAGAGGUCAACUCCACGCGACCAACUACCUGCGAAAAGUCCUGCCGUACCGGAGGAACGACCCGGGGAAGGCCGUGCAGGCGUACCUACAAAAGGUAUGUGAGUACGACUGGCGACCUCUGACGAGUACGGGAAAUACGAAGCGAACAGCGACAACGGCAAGUCCGGAACCUCGUCAGGUCUCGCAGACCGAAGACGACGACGAGGAGGAAUACGACGACGGAGAAGAGGAAGAAGCGGAAGCGGAAACAAAGCCAGAAACAGAAAUUGACCUCUUCCACGGUCACGACGUCAGACCCGGCGUGUCGAGGUUCCACGAAGGGUUCAAGCCCGAAAAGAUCAACAUGGCGUACAUGCCCGACAGCAAGAAAAAGGGGCCCCACAAGGACACCGGGGCCGCAGAGGUCAUCUUUGAAGAAGAGCAAGGCGUCACCGUGUUGGAAUGGAACCCGAACCCGUCUUGCGCGGGCAUGGCGGCCAUGGGUUGGGCCAGCGGCAUGGUGAGGGUCCAGGAUCUGGCUCAUGACUUGGAAUGAGGGAAGUUUGGGCUCCUCUCAUCGCUUGGUGCCCUAUUCUGUUGCAACCUCAGCCAGAGCCAGAGCUAGAGCCGAU